UGUCGCAAAAAUCUGUGAAAAAAAUUCGAAAUAUUUGUUUAUUAGCAAUACUUGCACACUUCGACUGCGGAUCAGAGUCGACCAGACACUUAUUGUGUCGAUCGCACCGUAGAAAUUUCUCUUCGGCACCACAAGAGCCGCUGUAAGUGAAGGGAAAAUACGAAACAGAAUUUAUAAAUAUGGGUUCGACCGUAUUGCAGAAUCUAGUGAUUUAACGAACUUCGUCGGUGAAAAAACAACCAUCCCCGUUUUUGGGUUUUGUAUUCUUUGGGGUGCGCACACGUAAAAUGAGGUUCAAUAUAACAUUCUUCUUGGUAAUAUGCACGACUUGCGUUUUGUGCCACGCCAGACCAGCGAAUGAGGACUACGCUGAGUACGAGACUGAAGAAGCAGCGGCACCAUCUCCUCCAAAGAAAGUACCAUCCAGACCGCUCGUCUCCAGGCGGAAUCCUCUCACAGCCCGAGCAAACGGAAAAGCUACCACUAGUACUACAACUACAACUGCGACACCACAGGAUGAAGAAGAACUGCCUGCCGAGGCAGAUUACGAAGAAGAACAACCUCAAGAAACUAGCUCAACCACUGAAGCAGCCAAAAAAUUUAUUAAAGGGGGUAUCAUAAGACCAAUAAGAACAAAUGAUGAUUUGUUGGCUACAUUGAAGAGGAGGAGAGAACAAGCAACUAGUAAAGUGAAACCAGCUCAACACCACGAAGAAGAAUCACCAGCAGCAACCGCGGAAAAAGAAGCACAAACAACGAAAACAAAAUCUUCAUCGGCAACAACUGGCGGACGAAGGCGGUUCAAUAAGGAAAAGAAAGAAGGUAGCGAGAAUUCUGAAGAACCAUCAUCAACUGCAGCAACUGCAAGAGCGGGAAGAAGGUUCCAUGGAAGAAGAUAAUUGUGAUGAGAUGUUAGGUUUUUUAUUGAAAUAAAUAGUUUUUAUACAUUUUCUAUAAAUGACCAUGGAUCAUACCAAAGCGUAAUGCUUACAUCUUUCCGUAUCUCAUAGGAAGAGAAGAUGACAACUGUGCCCGAAUCUCCCCGCGAUUUGAAUAGUGGAUCAAUGCCGCUAUUUUUAAUAACAAGGGAAAUAGAAUCUCCAGCUACAAGAGUCUGUUAGGUAUUGUAUUAACCAAAAACAACCAACGUUUUCGUGCUGGUACAUUUGUGCCUAACAUUAGCUAUAUAGUCUACUGGAUAGCAUAUUCCUGACCAAAGGGCGGCUUGUUUAGUUUUGGUAGAAGUAGCUCAAGUUCUAUGAAAGGAGUUACUAUAAUAUGAUAUAUUUUGUGUAUUGUAUCGCUGGGCUAGAUGUACGUACGUUUUAACGAAGAAAUCUUGCAUAGGGUGGAUAGGGAUAUGCGAGCUAUACGAUGUCAUAGAAAUUCACACGACAGCUCACCUAGAUUAUGUGCCCAGGAAUGAUAAAUGUCGGUAUGACCUACUCAUAGUAAAAGGAUAGAUCGAGGAAAAACGAGGAAUAUGGAUGGAAAAAUAAUCAAAAAUGAGGAACAUUUGACACUAAAAGGCAUAGAUUUUCAGCAACUCAUAUGAGAUGAGAUUUGCAGGUGAAACUGCGAAUCUUUGUAAGAGCUGACUGCCAAUUUCUUAUAGUUUGUAGUAAGUAAACAUCUAUUCAGUGUUGAGAAAUCACGUGUAAAGUGUACUUCAACCUCUAAGAUAAAUUCUGGAAGCAUUUGAGAAAUACAUUAUCUCCAAACCAUUUUGUUUAAAUUGCAACCAGGUAAGAUGCUCGAAGAUAAGCAGCUGAUCACUGCUGUAAAGAAUCAUUGAUAUGAAAAAUCCGACAUGCAUUUUUGGAUUUGGUCGGAUGUAGUGGCAUAUUAAAAUAUUAACUAUGUUUUGAGCGAAUCGGCCAAUAUUUAGGUAAACUAUUACUUUGUCAUGACAUACGCAACUGUAGCUUUCUUAAGGGGGAUUAGAGUCCUUACAUAUUGUGAGAGCGCUUCAGGUAAUUUAUUCAUCCCAAAAUUUGAAAAGCUAUAGAUAAUUUGCAUGUUUCAAGUUUGGAAAUUGAGAAUGCUUUGGAAUUGAAUGGUACUGAAGUUUGGUUAUAAUAGGCCCAAAACAUGAAUGAAUGAAAUUUUUUAUAUGAUUUUUUAAACUCGUAGAUGGUAGCCUCAACACUUUAAAUCCAUUUUAAUGCUUUAAUGUCAACUUCGCAUCGAAUAGAACAAUACACACACACACACAGAAUAUAUGGGAGGAAACGUUAAUUUGCCUCUUAAAAACAGGGUAAGUCUUUUGCGAUUUACCUGUGUGAUACAUGUUUUCAUCAACUUUCCUCCAAUAGUUUUUUGAAUCAUGUCGCUUCAAAAAUACCGAAGAAAUUACGAAAGUAUAAGCUGUAGUCACCGUUCUUGGCGGUUACGUCAUCAACGCCAUGUGAAAUAAGUAAACAGAUCGAGUCUCUCUACCAUGAGCGCAGACUAAUCUCCAGCGCAUCUCCUACUCUCUCCAGUAGGCAUGAAGUGGGUAAUAGGGGACAGCUGUUGUCAUUCUCUUCCUGGAAAUACUAUAACAAACUUAGCACGAGCCGUCGACCUUCUCCAUUGAUCGUAUUUCUGGGCAUUGUACAAUUUUAUAUUGAAGAUUGAUAACAGGUCAACUUAAAUUGCACGCCGGAGUCAAGUGAGUUGUCAUUGUGAUAAAUAUGAUUGAAGGGCACUCAUACGUAACGACAAAGUUUUCGAGACGGAGACACAACUAUAAAAAGUAUGUCUUUGAGCUUACCGAACAAACGUUUACACACAGGGGUAGGUUGAAUGUGUAUAUAUGAUGGAGAUGGCUGUAUGAAAGCAAUUUCUGUAGUUUUACUUUGAGCUGCCAAAAACUGUGAAAAGAACCAUAUUUAUCCAUCUCUCAUAUAAAAUGUUACGAGCUUUCGUCGGAAAAGCACGCUUAUGGUAUUUGCAAGCUCUUUAAGGGGUCAACGUUUUUUACACUAUUUUUUAGAGCCUAUCAAUUCCAGACGUCUAAAAAUAUCCAUUUAUAAUGUAUUUCUUUUGAUUCAAUAAGUUGAUAACUUAAAACUAAUUAAAUUUCAUAGGAUAAGCACAAAAAAGUUAGUUGUCGGUAUUUAGGGACAAAAUCAAUCAAAAUUAAAAUAAAAUCCCCCGAAAAGUUGUCAAAUUCGCAUUUGUAGAUUCACCUAUUUUUUGAGGUAUGUUGACUAUUUGCAUAAUACCUAGAUAGGCAUGCCACCUCCGUGAUUUUUUUGGUCCACAAAUCUGCAAAGGAUAUUAUACGAUCGUAAGAGAAGUUUGUUGCUCAUUUGUAAAAUCUCUCUCGCACAGAGUAUGUUACAUCAUGUCGAAAACCUUUGUAAGCUAUAAAGAACAACUAUAUGGGUUUCUCUGAAGAUAUUGAACAUGAGUAUGAAUAAUUUUAUGGUAAGUGUCAAUGUCUAUUUCUUACUGAC